CCAUCAGCCAAUCAUCGGACAGUAUUUGGAGUCUGUGGUUUAUAUUCAGAGCACAGUCCACAAAGCUCUUCUUCUAUCAUCAGCAUAACAAAGAUGGCGGCCACGAGAGUGAUGGCGUCGGCGAGCAGCGCCUUCUCCGGCACUGUACUACCCAGGAGUCCGUUGAGGGGAAAACCGCAAAGCCUAAGCAUUUUCUUCAGAAAUAACACAGUGUUGGCGCAGAGGAGGCGUCUCUUUACUUGCACUGCUAUCUAUAAUCCCCAGGUUCAGACUAGGGAAGAGGGCCAGCCUGAAACCCUCGACUACCGUGUUUUCUUUCUUGAUAAUUCCGGGAAGAAGAUUUCCCCUUGGCAUGAUGUACCACUGCAUUUGGGAGAUGGUGUAUUCAAUUUCAUCGUUGAGAUUCCAAAAGAAUCAAGUGCAAAGAUGGAGGUUGCUACAGACGAGCAUUUUACUCCCAUUAAGCAAGACACCAAGAAGGGGAAACUUCGAUACUAUCCAUACAACAUUAACUGGAACUAUGGAUUGCUUCCACAAACAUGGGAAGACCCUUCACUUGCAAAUGCUGAAGUCGAGGGCGCAUUUGGAGACAAUGAUCCAGUUGAUGUUGUUGAGAUUGGGGAAAGCAGAGGUAAAAUUGGGCAAGUGUUGAAAGUGAAACCCUUGGCUGCUUUGGCAAUGAUUGACGAGGGGGAACUUGACUGGAAAAUAGUUGCAAUUUCACUGGAUGAUCCAAGAGCUUCUCUUGUUAAUGAUGUCGAUGAUGUUGAAAAGCAUUUUCCGGGAACCCUUACUGCAAUCAGGGACUGGUUUAGAGACUACAAGAUUCCUGAUGGAAAACCAGCUAACAAGUUCGGUCUUGGCAACAAGCCAGCAAAUAAGGAUUAUGCUCUUAAGGUUAUCACUGAAACCAACGAAUCGUGGGCUAAACUUGUGAAAAGAUCUAUUCCUGGCGGUGAGCUCUCGCUUGUAUAAAUCCAAAAAGCCAUAAAAUAUGAACUGCCAGUCUUCUGCGAACAACCAGUAAGACACUGAAGGUCUCUUGCUGGCUGCUCCUCGUAUUUAUUUGUCUAGAUUAAAACUUAAAUUUUUUCAGUUAAGAUCUAUCUUUUGAGCCAUGCAUCUGCUUCUAUUGUGAGAUAUACUCUUCCUGGAAAAGGUUUUUUGAAUAAAGAGAUUUCGUUUUCCACCAUCUCUUGAGUUGCUUGUGUUUCAUGCAUCCCCAGCUUAUGAAACUACAUCUAUUAUCCCCCAUCUCAAUCAACCUGAAGUCACAAACGGCAACAUAACUUCUAGAAAUAAACAACUUUUGACAUAGUUACAGAGCUGGAAAUACAUGAUCUUAUCCUUCAACAGCAGUGUGGAUGAGAAAAAACAGACAAAUAUCCAGGGAAAAGAAAAACACUAGCAUAGAAUAUACACAUUUUAACAGCCAUAACCAAAAUUCAACAACUUUCUUGAUUCCCCGUCCCUUCAUCCGAAGCCUGCGAAGAACGGAGAUGGUUAAUGGACUCCUCCUCCUUGGGCCCUUGUCGGAACAUGGAAUAACUAUGUGGAAACCAUUUAGGUAAUGAGGACCCGAGCAGGAAAACUUGGUCGGAUUUUGAUGAGUGAGAUUGAGAGACCUGUGAAACGGGUUUGGUAUGGCGGGCUAGUAAGAGCAUGGCUGCUGUAGGUGCCAUGGCGUCUUUUCAACAGAGUUUGAUUAGAUUGAGAUUUGUGUGUGUUUGUGUUUGUGG